CAAUUUUCUUUUACGCGUUCCCCUAAACCCUGAUAUAAACCCUUCUCUUCACUUCAAUCCUUCUUCGCGUAAUCAUCUUCUAUGCUAGAGUGAGAAAGAGAGAGUGUGGUUUCCUCGUUCGUUUCUUCAAUCUCCGAUCUAGGGUUUCUCCACCGCGCCGAUGUCUGUUUACCUCACCAAAAUUCAAUCCUCCUUCAUCGUUGGCUGCCGCACCUGCUUCAUGAACCGCGGAAGAAGGCUUUGGUGUCCCUCCAAAAUCUUGUUCCGGCACGUCACUUGAUACUCCCCUCUCACUCCGGUUUCAUUUCUCUCUCUCUUUUCCCCCCUCUCUCUUUCUGAUCGCAGUUCUUGAAUUUCUGUUUCCAUUUCGUUUCAUUCGAAGUAAUAAUCGUUUUCAUUGAGAUUGAGAAAAGGCAAAAUUGUACUGUGUUUGUUUGAUUGUUCGAUUGCUUGUUUUCCCGAAAAUGAAAUUGGUUCCGGGGUUUCGGUUUCAUCCCAUGGAUGUUGAGUUAGUGAAAUUCUAUCUGAAGAGGAAAGUCAUGGGGAGAAAGCUCCCUCAUGAUGUUAUUGCUGAAGUUAAUGUCUACAAGCAUGCUCCCUGGGAUCUUCCUGAUAAGUCUUGUUUGAGAACUGGGGAUUUGGAAUGGUAUUUCUUCUCCCCGACGGAGAAGAAAUAUGGCAGUGGGGCCAGGAUGAAUCGGGCUACGGAGAUUGGGUUUUGGAAAGUUACUGGGAAGGAUAGAGCUGUUCUACAUAAUAAUCAAGUUGUGGGCAUGAGAAAAACCCUGAUAUUUCACACGGGGAAAGCACCUCGUGGGGAUAGAACAAAUUGGGUUAUGCAUGAGUAUAGGCUUGAAGAUAAGGACUUAGCUGACAAAGGAAUUGCUCAGGAUUCCUAUGUGAUCUGUAAGGUAUUCCAAAAGGAAGGUCCUGGACCCAGGAAUGGUGCACAAUAUGGGAGACCAUUUAAUGAGGAAGACUGGAAUGAUGAAGAAAUUGGAAUACCUUAUGUUGAUUCAUCUGCACCAAUUCCCAUUUCGUCUAUAACAUCUAAUACUUCUGUUCCAAAUGACCAAUAUCUCCUUGCUGGUGGAUGUACUGGGUCAACAUCCACAUCAUGUCUAACGGGAAUGAUGCCUUCUCCUGGCCUGGAAAUUCCUUCACCUCCAAGCAACCAAGCUGUUAACAGUGAUGAAGAUAUUUUAUCAAUGCUUGACAUUUUCAAAGAAGACACAUUGCCUGAGGAAAAUAUUACUGAAGGUGCACCUUCAAUUGACUUUUUCGAGGACCUGGGAAACCUGGAUUCCUGGGAUGCUGCUGGUUUCUCCUCUGUCCAGAAUGUUGAGUGUGGCACAAAUGGAAUGGCCACUACAGGUGAUGUUUCAGGGUUUGGUGACUUGGACUUCUUGGAGUUGAUUGAUCUGGACUCUCCCUUGUUCUGGCAGACUACACUACCUGAAAAUUGGAGUCCAGAUAAAUAGACUGUUACUUUUGGGGUCUUUGACCAAGAUAUUUUUACAGCCACAUCAUUCAGCAUGAGGCUACUCAUUGUUGGUAAUCUUGUUUGGUGAUUUGACUCGGUCAAAGUAAAGAAUCAUUGGUUGAAUUGGUGAGCCAUUUAUAUUAUGUAAUAAAUGCUACAGUAGCAUCAUGAUAACUAGUGACUCUGUGGUUUAGGUCUUUACUCUCAAGACCAAGGAUCUAUCAUAAUACACUUGGAGAUUUGUUUGCCA